UCCAAAAGUAACCGACGACCGGACCAUUUCGCAGGAGCAACCAACAGCAAAAGCCCCUCGAACAACGGAUCACAGUCAAGAUGCCCCCGAAGAAGGCCGCUCGUCCUGCGCAGGAGAACAUCUCCCUGGGCCCCCAGGUCCGGGAGGGUGAGCUCGUGUUUGGCGUUGCCCGCAUCUUCGCCAGCUUCAACGACACCUUCGUUCACGUCACCGAUCUCAGCGGCCGUGAAACCAUCUGCCGUGUUACUGGUGGUAUGAAGGUCAAGGCCGACCGCGACGAGUCUUCCCCCUACGCCGCCAUGUUGGCUGCUCAGGACGUCGCGGCCCGCUGCAAGGAGCUCGGAAUUACUGCCCUCCACAUCAAGAUCCGUGCCACUGGUGGUAACGGCACCAAGACCCCUGGUCCUGGCGCCCAGUCCGCCCUCCGCGCUCUCGCCCGGUCUGGCAUGAAGAUUGGCCGCAUUGAGGACGUUACCCCGACCCCGUCUGACUCGACUCGCCGCAAGGGCGGUCGCCGUGGUCGCCGUCUCUAAAUAUCUUGGGGCUGGUCGUGGCGUUCUGGGGAGGAUUCGGUUCUCGCUUGGGUUCUUGCUGUGGCGUUGACAACUACGAGGGGAACGGCUUGAGAUUGCCUGGUCUCCAUAUCCUGGCGCUUGUCACAUGUUGCUUAAUGGCACACCUGCAGCAGAUGAGAUAGAGAAUCAAACGGAGCUACAAAGGUAGCCCGGAACAACGCUGCCUUGCGUCUAGGUCAUCCGCGACUCCGAGUCAUCGGUUC